AUGAUGGUUAACAUGAGCAAGACUGGGAAACAAAAACUGAAAGACUUUAGUGAUUCUGAAGAUGAAGAUGAAAUUACAGAUACAGACAGUAAAAAUUCAUCGGACUUAAUUAAAACUUGGUGUGGUAAAAGUUCAUCAAACAGGCAAAAACCACCUGUUAAGAAGAAAGGAUUUUGGUUUCAAGGAUUAACAGAAUCUAUGAAAGACCCUGAUCUACAGGUCUAUAAAGAUGAAAAAAUAGUCGUUAUUACAGAUAAAUACCCAAAGGCUAGAUAUCAUUAUCUUGUAUUACCACAUAUUAGUAUACCAAACCUGAAAAGUCUGAAGAAGCAGCACCUUGAACUUCUAAAACACAUGCACAAAAAAGGAAAAGAUCUUAUUGAUAGCCAUGCCAGUUCUGGAUUUGAGUUUCGAAGAGGCUAUCAUUGUGUUCCAAGUAUGAGUCAUUUACAUAUGCAUGUUAUUAGUCAAGACUUCAAUUCAUCGUCGUUGAAAACUAAGAAACACUGGAAUUCAUUUACGACUGAUUAUUUUGUAGAUUCACAAGGUACUGGUAUCUCACUCCAGGUUAAGGUGAAUGGUCUGAUGGGUUCAAUUGUCGGACCAAGUUCUGGAGGCUGUCCCUUGGUGAAAGGAUGCCGGGAACUUGGAAAGGGGAGUGCCCCUACAUCCAAUGGCUUCCUCAGUGACUCCCAUUACAGAUGCGUUGCUCCAAGGGUGGGGCGGCCAUCUGAUGGACCUUCAAGUCCAAGUGCACCAAGUGUUGGAGAAAGUGCGACUCAAGCCCACCUGCCUUCUGACACUGGUGGUGCCCAAUUGGCCAGUGAAAGUCUGGUUCCCAAUGUUGCUGGACCUUCUAUUCGAGUCCCUAUUGGAGUUGCUGGAUCUUCCGGAUCUGUUGUCCCAGCCAGAUGGCACUCUCUGGAUGAGCCCCACAUUAUUCCAUCUUCACGCAUGGAGGCUUUCGAUAAACUUGUGCAAGCGCAAAGCUUUUCUGUAGAGUUGUCCAAGUUCUUUGCUUUGGCAGAUGGCUACAGACGUUUGUAUGAGUCCAGAUGGAGAUUCUACAUUGAUUGGUGUAUUGGAAGGGAGAUUGAUCAUCUCAGUCCCUCUAUUAGCGAGGUAGCGAGAUUGUGCUUGUAUUUAUUUCAUCAAGAAAAAUCUAUAACAACAACUCUUGGAUAUCGGUCAGUUUUGUUCCCAGUCUUAUCAGAAUCUGCUGAACUGAAACUGGCCUCGAGUUCGGUUAUGCAACAACUGUCAUUCUGCUCGAAGAGGCCGUGCACCAAAGGGCUAACAAAUCCUUCAGACUGGGACUUGUUGGUCCUGGCCGCGCUAUGA